AUGUGGUUGUUUAAACACAAGUACAGGGAAAAUGGUGACUUGGAGAGACACAAGGAGAGACUUGUUGUGAAUGGCAAGUCUCAACAAGUUGGUGUUGAUUGCGAUGAGACUUUUAGUCCUGUGGUUAAACCGGCAACUAUUCGUAUUGUUCUGAGUAUUGCUAUGGGUAGAGAUUGGCCUAUUCAUCAGUUAGAAAUCAAAAAUGCGUUCCUUCAUGGUGACCUCCAGGAGACCGUAUUUAUGCAUCAACCACCAGGAUUUAUAAAUCUCAAUGCUCCUACUUAUGUUUGCCGGCUCCGCAAAUCUCUCUAUGGUCUGAAACAGGCCCCUCGUGCUUGGUACCAACGGUUUGCUAAUUAUCUCUUGCAAAUUGGUUUUGUGUGCAUCAAAAGUGAUAAUUCCCUCUUUAUAUUGCGACAUGGUGCUAAUGUUGCAUAUCUUUUGCUUUAUGUUGAUGACAUUGUUCUUACAGCUUCCUCCAUCAAGUGUGAUAUUAUUGCUCUUCUUAAGUCCGAAUUCUCCAUGUAUGACUCGGGGAAGUUGAGUUAUUUUUUGGGAAUUUCUGUUACCCUAACAAAGGACUCCAUGAUUCUUUGUCAGAGUAAGUAUGAAGAGGAAAUUAUUCACAAGGCUAAGAUGGACAGUUGCAAACCGGUUGUUACACCCGUCGACAUUAAGUUGAAACUUAGGCCUCACGAUGGUGAGCCAAUGAAGGAUCCCUCUCUUUACAGGAGCCUUGCAGGUGCACUUCAGUACCUCACAUUCACCAGACUUGACAUUGCUUAUGUCGUCCAGCAGGUUUGUCUAUUCAUGCAUGCUCCUACGGAACCACAUUAUAACGCUCUUAAGCGUAUCAUCAGAUAUAUCAAAGGCACUUCAGAUCAUGGCCUACAUUUAUACCGUUCUGCUCCCACGAGUCUUAUUUCAUACACAUAUGCUUAUUGGGGCGGCUGCCCGGACAUCACACGACGCUCCACUUCAGGGUAUUGUGUCUAUUUGGGUGAUAAUCUUGUCUCGUGGUCUGUGAAACGACAAGCUACUCUGUCCCGAUCAAGUGCCGAAGCAGAAUAUAGAGGCGUCGCUAAUUAA